GAUACGUCGAAAGGAAGGUCCGUCGCACGAGGCGCGCCGCGGCGGCAGCGAAUAGCCGCCGACGUCCUGUUGAAGGACGGCAGCGGCGCGAGGGACACGGUCAAGAGGCUUCAGGGGCGGAGGUCUCCCGUCGUGGACGCGACUCCCGACGAAGAUCCCUCUUCCCCCGUGCUUGCGAAAUCCUGGAUGCCACGAAGAAAUGCGAGCCCGCGGCCGCGGAAGUGGAGACGUCGGUGCAGACUCUGCUCUCCUACUGCGCCGACGAGGGCCUUACGGCCCACUUUCAGCGCUCGGCGGUGCUGGCGGCGAACAUCUACAACUUCAGCAUGAAUGCGCUGGAGGCCGCCGCGGUGCUGGCUCACCGCGGACAAUGGACUACGGAGCUAGCCAAAAACCUGGGCGCGCUGCCAGCGCCAGUGCGGGAUUUCCUCCAGAAUCCGGCCAACGACGAAGCCCUUCUGCGGGCUCUGACUGCGGCCUACAAUCACCAAGUGCUGGAUUCGCAGCGCCCGGUCGCCGCCGCGGGAGGGGACCCGCUUGGCAACUACGGCAACUACGCCGCCCCGCCCUUCGCCGAGCCGGCGCCGCCCGCGGCCGCCGCGGCUGCUCCGGCCGAAGACCCGCUCGGCGCAAGCCAGGCGCCUGCUGCGGGGCCGACGCUGUUUGGGCGCAAGCGCCCGGCGCCGGCCGAGGCUUCCGCGGAGCCGGCUCCGAAAAGGUCCUUAUUCGGCGCAAAGCCGGCCCCAAAGCCUGCGGCGAAGGCCCCCGCGGCCGCUCCGAACAAGCCGGCCGAGCAGCCAUCCGUCGGGGCGUGGCCAACCCCCGCUUUCCUCCGCUGGCUCCAGAGCACCUCUGACCUCACCGCGACAGUGGAGACCCCGGAGACGCUGCGGCAGGCCAUCGAGGCCGUGCCAAACUCUUUGCGGAAGCAGUACGACCUGGCGGAGGCGAGCGAGUCCUGCGCGGCGAGCCUCCGCGCGCUUCGGGAGGAGUACAUCGGAACCUUGCUCGAGGAAGCGGAAAUGUUCUGCACCCCGAAGCACAAGGUGGCGCUGGAAGAAGACUUCAUAGGCCACGGCGUGCUCACUUUGUGCUACGCGCACAAAGCCUUUGCGGAAGAGAGCAAAGCCGAGGAGGUCGCGGAGCUGAUCCAGCAGCUGAAGGGCGACCACGUGCCGGUGGAAGCAGAGAACCAGCUCGAUGAGGCCCAAGAAAGCCUUCUGCGCGACUUGGUCGACGCAGAAACAGCUGCGAAGUUCCACCUUGCCGCCGUGAACUUUUUUGCCGCCCACCGCAACGGCCCCGAGCCGAAGGCGGCCGCAAUUUUUGGGCUUCUCUCCGCGGCGCCGGCGGACCUUUUGGAGUGGGCCGGGGUCAGCCCGGCGCGGAAGUACCGCUCCAUCCGCGCCAAAACCUGGCCUCGAGAUGUGGGCCGGGCUGGGACGCUGGCGUACUUGGCGUUCGCGGCACACCUGAAAAUCUUGCAGGACGACCGCGGCGAGGAGGCAUCCGCCGUCGCUCCGGAGCACGGCGACGAAGGCGAGGCCCAGGAG